UAACGUGGCAGUGUGUAUAGAGCUUAUCUCUAAUUGAUAUGCUAGCUCUGCUGUAGCAGCUAUUUUAACACUGGUGAAUCCAGAACCCACAGAGAAGACGAGAGCCGGCUUUUGAUUGAAGUGGAAUGGGCCAGGCGAAGGAGAGGCAACGAGACUUGUGAGGGUCACAGCUCAGGCGAUUGAUUGAUACACGGCCAAGGGGAGAUAACUGGUGUGGGGCAAAGCAAUUGAGACGAGCUGAUGGUUGGAAUGAGGAUAGAAUUACCGUUCUCACAUCGAGCACUAAGAGAGAAGGAAGACGGCCUAGUGUAUGUUUGCAAGACCACAGCACACUUUCUCAGCUAAUUGUAGGAUCACUGGGAGACAAGCAAAACCAGGAAUUAGCCUAGCAAGACUGUCAGCCAGACCCUACCGGCUAGCUGGCUCUAUUGUUAUACUGCAUGCAUCACCAGCCUCUGACUGUGAUAGUCCGAUUGGGAAUGAUCCGGUGAUCAUACGCAAGUACUACCGCCGGCUUAGAGUCAUUGACAGGGCAAGAAGCAGUGUAAUGGACCAGUAAUUGACGAUGAUUGAACGUAAAUGUUGGAUCGAGAGCGAUGAACACUUCUUGGUAGUGUGGACAGACUUGAACCAGCCCGAUGUAACUGUCGGUAUCUAUUGAUAUCUCUCUGCCAUGACUGAUAUGGACAGACAUAUUCAUCAAACCAAUGACAGACUCGCUUGUAUCAAACAGCACCUACAGAACCCAGGCGGCUUCCAGAACGCAGCACGGGAGCUGUUGGAAUGGUGCUCUGAUACCCGGGCCUUCCAGCAUCAGUUUGAAGAUGCUCUUAUGAACUGUCUGACAGUGGUGAGUAAAGUUGCAGCUCAGCCGGGAUAUGACCUUGACCUUGGCUACAGGUUACUGGCAGUAUGUGCGUCACACAAAGAAAUGUUUACGCCAAAAUCGGCAGGUCUGCUGACGUCUUGGUGUGAGGAAUUGGGAAGGUCGUUACUUUUAAGACACCAGAAAAAUCGUCCCAACGAUCUUGGGAAGGUUCCACCACCCGCCAUGCACCAACAGAUGAAAUCAAUGCCACCAGUGCAUCCUGGUGGAGAUCCUAAUGGAGGUUGGGGUGCACCGAACCAGCCGGGCUUGUCGGUGGUGACAACGGUGUGGGGGGUGACGCAAACCACCCAGAGUGGUCCCUUCACCCACAGCACCCCCACCCCAGGGUUCACCAACACCACCAUGACAGCCACGGGGUACAGCCAGCCCCAGCAAGGGUUCCCUGGGAAUGGGAUGCAGAAGGCUCCACAGUAUAACCAAGUGAUGCCGCAGUAUCGGCGAGAGCCACGACCAAGUGGGUACCCGCCAACCCCCAAUACACCGGGAGCAAAUCCUGGUCCUCCUGUGUCGGGUGCGUCAGAGUACACAGCACCCCCAGCAGCGCUGUCUGCAGCAGCGUUUGUUGCAGCAGCUGCCACAGCUACUGCAACAGCAACAGCGACUGCCAGUAUGGUGCUACAAGAGCAACAGAACCAGCAGCAACAAAUGAACAUGAAUAUGCAGAUGAGCAUGAACAAUCCCCAAUAUGGACCUCAGAUGCCAAUGCAGCAUGGUCAGCCAUUCAAUAACCAGGGGUACCCCGGGAUGGGUCAGCAGCGGCCUCCUGGUCCAAUGCCAGGCAUGGGUCAGGGCGGGGGGCCGGGCCCGGGGCCCAUGCCCACCAAGCCCACCAUGCCCAACAUGAGUAUGUACCCCCGCCGGGCAGGACCCUACCCCAACCCCUCGCAAUACAUGGCUCAGAAGCGCGCACCCAUGCACUACCCCAACGGAGCCCAAGUGGACUUCGGGCCAUCUUACAAUAACCACCAACAGUACCCCACAAAACCGCAGUACCCCCCUACCCAGCAGCCCCUCCCAUCCCCAACAUACCCUCCGCACCAAGGCAUGAGGCCAAACGGCCCCAGCCCGUACCCAAAUGGUCAGAAUCCCUACGUUGGACAGACCCAAUACCCGCCGAACAGACCACCACCUGGGCAAGGCCCUGGGUUCCCAGGCCAGUUCCCCGGGCAGGUGAGCAGCCCUCAGCCGAGCUACCAGCACUCACCGAUACCUGGCAACCCGACGCCGCCAAUGACGCCUGGCGCUGUACCCCCUUACUCUAAUCCCGAUGUCAAACCCAACUUCCCAGAAUUUAAACCACAGCUCCCCAUAAAGAAAGAGAAUGAUGAAUUGCGGUUAACGUUUCCUGUUCGAGAUGGGGUGGUGUUGCCGCCGUUCCGUCUGGAACACAACUUAGCUGUCAGUAACCACGUCUUCCACUUACGGGAGUCCGUCUACCAGACUCUCAUGUGGAGGUCUGACUUGGAGCUGCAGUUGAAGUGUUUCCACCACGAAGACAGGCAGAUGAACACAAACUGGCCGGCCUCCGUCACGGUCAGCGUCAAUGCCACACCACUCACAAUAGAACGAGGGGAAAACAAGUCAUCUCAUAAGCCAUUAUACCUGAAGGAAGUGUGUCAACCUGGUCGUAACACCAUCCAAAUCACCGUCACCGCAUGUUGUUGUUCUCAUCUGUUUGUUUUACAACUGGUUCAUCGGCCAAGCAUCAGAUCUGUGUUGCAGGGUCUAUUGAGAAAGCGCUUACUGCCAGCUGAACACUGCAUCACUAAAAUCAAAAGGAACUUCUCUCAUGUGCCCACCAACAGCAAUGGUAUGAAUGAUGACGGGGUGGAACAAACAGCAAUCAAAGUGUCCCUCAAAUGUCCCAUUACAUAUCGCCGCAUCACAUUACCUGCACGGGGACACGACUGUAAACACAUACAGUGCUUCGACCUCGAGUCCUACUUGCAGCUCAACUGUGAACGUGGCACGUGGCGAUGUCCAGUCUGCAACAAAACAGCAUUGCUUGAGGGGUUGGAGAUUGACCAGUACAUAUGGGGCAUCCUCACCAACCUCAGCAACACGGAGUUUGAGGAGGUGACCAUCGACCAGACAGCCAGUUGGAAACCUGUGCCCAUCAAAACCAUCAAAGAGGAGGACACAGGCCAACCGGAACCGUGUGCGAACUCACGCUGGGUGAAGGCCAUGUCACCGGCCAGUAUGCAGCUGCCUACCAUGAACAACUGGGAUCACUGCCCUCCGCCAUCACCCUUUGUCAUGCCUCCAGGAUCACAAGGCGAUCAGUUAAGUCAGCCCUUGCGGCAUCCUGACCCUCAAGUUCCGAACGGCAACCAUAUGGUGCCUGGACCAAACCAAGGGGUCAUGAAUCACCAGAAUGGGAACGGUAGCCAUCCCCUCAGUCACACGCCUAACUCCAACCAGCACAAUCCAGUGGGGCCAGGGGACCACAGCUUAUCCGAUCUCACCUUCGAUCCUGCAGCUAGUUUUGGGGAAACAGAGGGUGGACAACCAGGUUUAGAUCUUUUGCCAGAAAAUCUCGGUGAUCCUAUUGAACUGUUAUCAUACCUCGGUCCACCCGAUGGUACGGAGUCCUCAAAUCAAAACACUAACUGUGGGGGUGGGACAACGGGGGCACAAAAUAGUGACGAUAUUUUGGCAUUGUUUGAGGCGUGAACCGAUGUCCAAAUGUGAAGAACCUGUGAUCCCAUGUGUGUGAGAUAGGACUCCUGUUCAGACCAGCAACAGUCCAAGCGACGAUGUUGCUGGUGGAGCAACUUCAGACUCACUCAAUCAUUUGUCAUCAUCAUCUUCAUCUCUGACCUAGAAAGCCGACCGAGGAAUACUGUGCUACCGUGACAAAACAUUACAGGGCAGGAACCAUGGGGGAUGUGUGCUCAAAAAUAAAAGUGCAAAGGGCGGGAAGAAUCAGGGAUGCUGGCAGUCCUGAAAGGAAAAAAAAAGCCACAGCAAGUGCAGCAGAUUUUUGUUUUCUAUUUUGUGCAAAAAAAAAUACAAACCUGCUGUGAACAAGAUAGUGACUUGAUUCUCCAUACUGUGUCUGUUGUCUCAUCUGUGUCAUAUUGCAAGUUGUGUCAGCAAUCAUGUGACCUUUUGACCUUGACCUUGCCAAUGAAGGACAUGGCAGGCAUGUUGCUAAAAUGAUAGCCUCAAAAGACUAUAAACAGCAAAAUAUAUAUAUUUGUGUUUAUUUUUACCAGUGAAUGCCAUGCCGACUUUUGGCGAGGGCAUUUGUUGCAGACAUCACCGUGUUAUUUUAAGACAUGAUUUUGAAUGUUUGUGAGACAGUGACUCGCUGUGUAUUCAAUAUGAACCUGCAGUGGUCUCGGGACAAUGCGACGAGCGAGACAGGAAUAUGUCUUGGUGACAAUUCAGGAAAUCUUCACCUAAAGAUCAUAUCAAACGGACAUUUAGUUAGUAGAGGCAGCAACACACUCACCCUGCAUUUUUUUUAAAUCGUUACACACAUGAAGUACAGUGUCUUUAAUUUUUUACAUUUUUUUGUUUCGUCGUUACUCAUCGUGAUAACCAGAAUCAUACACUAUCUGAAAAUAAGACUGAGACAUUUUGAGGAAGGAUACUUGCAAUAUUAAAUAAACCUAGAUCGUAGACAGGUCACAGUCCAGUGCUUCUCUUUACAAACCUACAAUAUGUGCAAAGAGAAAUAUUUAUAUUCAGUAUGCAAUGAAUUUUAAAGGCAAUACCCAAAGGAAGAAUUGAAUGAGGGAUUUUUGUGGAGCUUAGCAAUUAUCGGUUUGGUGCAACCUGUCAUAUUUUUAAAAAAGAUAUUCAUUUUAGCUGUGCAACUUGUAAAUUUAAUUCCCAAAAGAAGUCAUGAAGAUAUUUAUAUUAUGUUAAAAUUCCAUUGCUGUGUCUCCUCCCCGGAGUUUAAUUCAUAGGGCAGUUGGUGAACUGUAGUGCUUCUGUUUCGAGUAAGUUGUCUCCAUUUUAGUAGUAUUAUUUGUCUAAUUUGUAGUAUAUCUGAGAAAACCACAAUGACAACAAACCAUGACUGUUACCAUGGCAAUGCCGCUUGUUUCUAGUGUGUUGACAAUUUUGCCAUCACAGGAUUAAACACUAUUAUACCCUUGGAUACAGUUGUAGGCAGUGGUUAGGAGGAAAGAUUGUUUUAUAAAUUAUUUAACAUCAAUCCUGACAUUUUUGUAUUCAUUAUGUCAUUUGUCCUUGUAGUUGUUAAACCUGUGAGUUUUGUAUCUUUACGCUUUUAAUUAUUUUACUGAUCACUUGUUGUUUUAAAGGUGCUUAAUUUCAAUUAAAUUCAUUAUUCCUUUCUAAUCAGUGUCAAUGAAAAUUCACAGAAAAUCUAUAUUUUUAGUUCCCCCUUCUCCCUCAGAGCGCCUUCCAAUAUAUAUACAUAUAUAUAUAUAAGAUAUAACCAAUUGUUACCAUUGCCAACCUGAAGCAAGUUAGUACUGUAUAUUAUUUAAGCUCAUUUUAAACAUUGUACAUAAACGAGUGUUGUCCAUUUCAUAGGCUUGUUCAAGUUGACUUGAAAAUAACUUUAUGUUACCAUGGUUAUUAGUGUAGGGGAAGUGUAAAUAUUUUAAAGUUUAAACAUUUAUAAUUAUCAGAUGACACUGUUAAUGUGAAACUUCCCUCUCCCCCUCCCAAACCCACAGCUGUUAGAUUUUAUUUAUAUCCAAUACAACUGAAAUCUACACCCACUAGUUAAGUCAAUUUCUCAAUAAUAUCUUAACCCUUUCACUGCCAAAUGCUGAAUGUGAAUUCUUCUACAUUCUUGUUUUGAAUUGAGUGGUAUAAUCUGGAAUAGCUUAGGAUGAAUUUUUAAAAAGUAAAUGAACUAAUAUUUUAAGGGUUUAAUUAAUGGUCUUUAAGGGAUUUGUAAUUUUAUGUAAACCUAUGCCAAGGGAAUUACACCUUGAUUCACAGUGAGCAUUUGACAUUGAAAGAGAUAGGAUUGGUUAGACAACACCUAGUUUAUGUGGGUUUGGGAGUCUGUAGUAAAACUACUUCAACUGGUGGUAUUAGGGCAUAGAGUGGCUACAGGCUUCCUCAACUUGUGCUAGACAAUAGGCUUAUAUUGUGGAUAUUUUAAGAUGAAAGGACAUGGGGAUUGAUUUAACAUUGUUCAACUCGGAAGGGGAUAUGAAUAUGUUAUCUGGAUUUUUAGUAAAUGGUAUCUGGUAUAUAAAUGAUGUUUUACCUGGUUUGGUUCAAAAUAAGUGUUGUUUUUCCAAGACAUGACACAGGAAGCACUUCUCAUAUGCAUUUUUUUUUUUUUUAUGCUUUUCAUCUUUCUUUUUCUUCUAUCAACAUUUUAAGAAUUCAUGAAAGGCACAAUGUUUUAUUUUAAAAAUGAUUUUAGAAAUAAAGAGUGUGAAUGUAUGUACAAUCUCCACAAUACAAGCCUGUGUAUUUGUAGACAAAUGUUAAUAGUGUACAUCCGGACUGCCACUUCUCGCCUAUGAAGUUGGUUGGUACUGACAGCCUGUGUAUUUAUUGUCUUCUUUGUACAGUGUAUUUUAUCAACGGUCUCGCCCCUCCCCCCUCCCGUGUACAAAACUCCCUGCCCGACCCCCUCUUAUGAGUUGCAGUAUUGUGAUGUACAAAACUCACCUGCCUAUGUCAAAAAAUACAACCAAUAAUUUAUUUUUUCCUCUCAGCUCAUCCAAAUGAAUUCAAUUCUUGCUGGAUCUCAAAACUAUUGACCCUGGUGUCCAUGUCACUGUCAUGACAACUGUCGUUGUGGCAACGGUUGCCAAAGAUACCAAGGUUGACUUAGAUCAGCCAUUUUGUUUCUUUUUGUAAAUUCUUGCUAAGAGCUGCAGACCACUCACAAGGAGAUCUUAGCAAGAAUAGGGUCUAGAUGACAUGGAGUUUGAUAAAUUGAAAUUUUAUUUAUUUCCAAAAUAAAUAUAUAUCUACAUAUGUUCAACAAAAAAUCAAAUUAUACUGGAUCUAGAUCUGGUAGAUUUAUGUUAGUAUCAAUUGUAUAUAUUAUUUCACACUAAUAAUAUUCCACAAGAAAAUCGAAAUUGUUUAUGGAAGACAAUUGUUAAUUUUCCAGCUGCUAAACAGCAUUUGAAAUAUAUUCUAAUAAUGCAAUUUGUAACACGACCAGCCGUGAGCAUCUAGACCCUCUUGUUCAUCUACUAUGCCCGAAACUUUCAUCACGUGACCCAAGGGAACCAUUCAGCUGCUGUGAAGAGAUCAUGACGUCACUUCCGGCUUCUGUGCAAUGAGUGUACAUUUCAGAGUCAGCAAUGACAUGUGAUUUUGACACCAAAAAUAUGUCCUUUAGUCCCUUUCAUGUGAUCAUUAUUUAAUCCAAUAAAUGAGAUAAAAUUAA